UGCGGACCGCAAAAGGAGUGAGGAGGAGGCAGGGGAACAACAAAACCCCGACUUUAACCCAGUCCACAAACUAACUUUAACAUCUUUAUCAUGUUAAAAUAGUGCCGUCGCUGUAAUUCCGAGGCGUUUCGGUGAAAUUUAAGGACUUGCAGAAGUUUUGAAGAACGCGACGGAACUUUGGCAGCUGCGCUUUAACCCGAAACCCCAGGAAAAAAAACACACACACUCUCACACACACACACACACUAAACACUAUGGCGCUCCGAGCGAGAGCUUUAUACGACUUCAUUUCUGAAAACCCUGGAGAGAUUUCUGUAGUGGAGAACGAGAUUUUAACUCUAUACAGUGAGGAUGUAGUGGACGGGUGGUUAGAAGGCACAAACAGCCGGGGAGAGUCGGGACUCUUCCCCGCGUCGUACGUGGAGAUCUUAAGGACUCAGGAAGGAUUUUCAGUACAAGGCAACGGGACUGCUGGAAACGUCUACAGCCCUAAGACCGGAAGUGAGUAUGCCUACCAAGUGAGAGUGGACACCUCGACUGAGUCCACCCCUCAGAGACACGCUUACCCGACAAGCCAAGGCAGCGAUGACGACUGGGACGACGACUGGGACGACAACCCGACGACGACGACCGCGACGACUCACGAUCCGAACGUCCACCAGCACAAACACCAGCCCAUUCGUGCCAACUCGGUGUCAUCACGCGGCAGCGGUGGCCAGCAGGCUCGAAGUUCAGCGACCGUUGGGAAAAACCUCAACAGGUUUUCCACCUUUGUCAAAUCAGGGGGCGAGGCGUUUGUUUUAGGUGAGGCAUCCGGACUGGUCAGGGAUUGCGAUCAGAUCUACGUGGUCAUGGGUCAGUUCGGUCCCGAGUGGCAGGAGAGCCCGAAUCCUUUCAUGUGCACUAUUGACGAUCCGACCAAACAGACCAAAUUCAAAGGUAUGAAGAGUUACAUGUCGUACGGCCUCACGCCCAGCCACACGCAAAACCCUGUGAACCGCCGCUACAAACAUUUCGACUGGCUGUACGCGCGACUCGUGGAACGCUUCCCAGUCAUCUCAGUUCCCCACCUUCCCGAAAAGCAGGCCACUGGUCGCUUCGAGGAGGAAUUUGUUUGCAAACGUAGGAAGGGCCUGAUCUGGUGGAUGAAUCACAUGACGAGCCACCCGGUUUUAUCCAGGUGCGAAGUCUUCCAGCACUUCCUGACCUGCAGCAGUAGCGACGAGAAAGCCUGGAAGCAGGGAAAGCGCAAGGCCGAGAAAGAUCACCUGGUGGGCGCCAACUUCUUCCUCACUAUCGUCCCUCCGGCCACCCCGCUCGACCUCCAAGAGGUGGAGAUUAAAGUGGAAGGCUUCAAAACGUUCUCCAAAAAGAUGGACGAGAACAUGGUGCAAGUCAACCUGACCAUCGCCGAGUUCGCCAGGAAGCAGAUGACUGGGUUUAAAAAGGAGUAUCAGAAAGUUGGACAGGCCUUUCGGUUGCUCGGGCAGGCCUUCGAACUGGACCAGCAGGUGUAUUCGGUCAAGCUGAACCAAGCGAUGGCGUUCACUGGGACCGCCUACGAGACCAUCGGGGACUACUUUGCAGAACAACCUCGUCAGGAUCUGGAUCCAGUGUCGGAUCUUUUAGCGAUUUACCAGGGACAUCUAGCAAACUUCCCAGACAUCAUCCAUGUUCAGAAAGGAGCUCUUACCAAAGCGAAGGAGAGCCAGAAGGACAAAGACGUCCCGGCGGCACACGACAUCCACGAGCGCUGCAACAUCAUCUCCUGUGCCACGCUGGCUGAGAUCCAGCACUUUCACCGCACCCGAGUACGCGACUUCAAGGCGCAGAUGCAGCACUACCUCCUGCAGCAGAUCUCCUUCUACCAGAGGAUCACUGCCAAACUGGAGGAAGCGCUGCACAUAUACACACCAACAGACUGGCACUCAAGCGCUGAGGAAUUCAGCACCACCCCUCUCAUGUUCACGGUAAAAAUAGCAAAUUGGUCAUGAAAUAAUUCACACGAACCUACAGUAACUGCAGCAUUUGUUUUGAAUGUGUGUACAGAGGUAGGUUGUGUAACGUGACAGAGAGAAGAGAGAGCAUAGAUGUACAGAGAGGAAAAUAAUGCAUUUAGAGGAAAAUAAUUACCGAUAGAGAGGUGUGAUGGUGAGUUCCUUUCACCAUCACUAUAUCAUAUCCUAUAUAUACAGUGCAUACAGAAAGGAUUCA